AUGAGAAGUAAAAUAAAACACGAAGAGAUACCCGAUAAAGAUGGGAGAAAUGCAACAUUCCUAAAAAGGACUAAAGGUUUGAAGAAGAAAGCAAACGAGCUAUCGAUUCUCUGUGGCGUCGAUAUAGGCCUUGUGAUCCACAAAAAGGAGCAAAGCAACGCCGUUCUAUGGCCUUCUCCCGAGAGCUUCUGGUCAAGGCUGCAGGAGUUCAUGGAGUUUCGCAACGAGGAAAGAAAGAGAAGGAUGACCACACAUGAGGGUUUGAUGAAGCAGAUGGUGCAAGGAGAGAUGGAAAAUCUUGAGAAGCUGAAGAAGGCCAUCCAGUUAAAGGAGUCUCGGCAGCUAGUGAUGAAGUCGAUGCAGACUGACUCUUUCAACGGGUUUGGAAUCGAUCAGUUGAAUGCCAUGAACUCAUUUGCAGAUCACAUGAUUAAAAAGUUGCAACAAAGAGACAAUGAGCUUAAUGAGGAUGAGCAUUAA